AUGGAACUUCAACUUGGUCUCGGUCUUCCGAGAGAGAAAACGAUGAAGGGUUUGGACCUAAACAGCUAUGUCUCGGAGCCUAAAGGGCUGCUGGGCUCGGGCCAACUUCGGCUGGGUCCAUAUUCAUGGUUUUCGACUAAUGGUAGUGGCAAGAAACGGGGUUUUAUUGAUGCCUUUGAAGAGAGCUCAAGAAAUGAAGACAUGCCUCGAACGUUGCCUCUCUUGGUUUGGAAUAACCAGCCUAACGAGGAAGAUGAUCCUCCUAGAGAUCUUGACAACCACAGCAACAACUCUUUUGCCUCCAACAUAAGUGAUGGAGAAAGUGAUGGAAUAGUUGGGUGGCCACCGAUUAAGUUUAAGAGGAAGAAGCUUAGCCGUCAAAACAGUAGAGUAGUAGAGGUCAAUCGGGCAGUGGACAAUGGCCGUGGAGAUUGCCAAGCUAGACCAUCAAACUAUAUGUACGUUAAGGUCCAGAUGGAGGGAGUAGGAAUAGCAAGGAAAAUUGAUGUUAGCCUCUACGAUUCUUUUCCAACACUUAAGCAGACCUUGAUUGACAUGUUUGGGAUAUGCCAGGAAAAUUCAAGCAACUACAGGCUGACAUACCUGGAUACAGAAGGUGACUGGCUACUAGCUGAAGAUGUUCCUUGGAGGAACUUUCUUGGGUCUGUCCAACGACUAAAAUUGAUGAGGCGCGGUUGA